CGUACACAUUGGAUUACAACAGCAAGCUGUUUUGUACUUUUUUAUAGCUGCAUCACAUCGGAGCUUUCAAACUUCUAAACUUUAGCCUAGGCCGUAAACCAGAAGUACCGACGACCGAUCAUAUUUGUUUUGGACAAUGGAUUACCCGUGACGACAACACGUCUCAUAAGGUUUCUUCCGGAGUUCAUUCAAGGCUAGGAAAGCUAUCGUCUUCGGUCCCCACUGCCUCUAUGCAUGUAUGAACAAUCAAUUUGAUACACGUAGUUAAUCAUUAGACAUAGACAAUAUACACUCGCCAUGCCUCUUAUGUUAUAAAGCUAGGCUCGGUACGGUCGUGUUGACUCACUGGUUGUUACCACGGGAAUAUACUAAUCCAGGCCAGUACCGUCUUUAGAGUAAAGUUAAAGAGCUGCAUAUAUAUUUGAUUUUAAUAUAAUUAUCAAUGAGUUCUGUUAUGCGGAGCGUAAAACCUGCCGGACAGGUACUGGCCUUCCUGCUCCGCCAGCGAGCGUCAGCCUGGGUCUCCACUUGUGCUCUUAACCGUAGAGGGCUCCCUCGACCCGGGGAAUACUGCGGAUCCCUCCCCGGUACGGUCAGCUGCAGAACACUGUGCUCAAGGAUGGCGCUGAGAGAAGGACUCGUCUUCAGACAGCUCUACGAGUCCAGCAGCAGUACCUACACUUACCUACUGGCGGACUCUGAAAGUGCAGAGGCUGUAAUCAUUGACCCCGUCUUGGAGACGGUGGAGCGCGACCUGAUGCUAGUCAACCAGCUGGGGCUAACGCUUAAGAUGGCAGUGAACACCCACUGCCACGCGGACCACAUCACGGGCAGUGGGCAGCUGAAGCGCCGCGUGACGGGGCUCCAGAGCGCCAUCUCGAGGCUCAGCGGGGCGUCCGCUGACCUCCUGCUGUCGGAGGGAGACACCAUCCCCUUCGGCCGACACGUGUUGACGGUUCGGGAGACGCCAGGCCACACUGACGGCUGUGUCACCCUGGUGCUGGGUGACCAGAGCUUGGCUUUCACCGGAGACACCCUGCUCAUCCGAGGCUGUGGACGGACAGACUUCCAGCAGGGCUGUGCCAAGCGUCUCUACGACUCCGUGCACAAGAAGAUCUUCACGCUGCCGGACCAGUGUCUUGUCUACCCAGCGCACGACUACAAAGGUCAGACGGUGUCGACAGUGGGCGAGGAGCGGAGGUUUAACCCUCGCCUCACCAAGAAUCUGGAGGAGUUCAUAGACAUCAUGAACAAUCUGAACCUGCAGAAGCCGGCAAAGAUAGACGUAGCAGUUCCCGCUAAUCUGGUUUGUGGGCUCCAUGAAGUCUGACCGCAUCUCCAGCAGCAGUUGCUUUUUAUUUGAGUGUGACUUUGAUAUUAAUGAACAUGUGCGUUAAUGAUUGUGAAACGUCUUCUCAUAAUUCCAUGGUAUAAAAUGUGUAACCUUUGCGGGAAAGAGGAUAUCAUGACAAUACAAUAACAAUAUUCGCGUGUAGAAAUGAUGUGUAAAUAAAUACCACAAUCAUCAAAUAAUUAAACUAAA